AUCAUAUAAUUUUAUAGCUUUCAUAUAAACACAAUAGAUAUAUAUUUGCUAGUGGACUCCAUAUAUAUAUGUACGUAUUUGCGAGUAUUCCAAAGUAUUGCCCAAUUAACCGAUUACAGCACCGGUCGUAUACGUAACUUAAAUGGUCUCACCUAGAAAGUCCACUUCUGCACUUAGCCUCAUACCGGAGGAGCGUGGCAAAUUACUACCGGUGUCCACGAAGAGCUGUGAAAGUCUCUACUCGAAUACGUCCAGUUCGAAGAGUUCAAGCAAUAACUUAUUUCGGCGCAAACAUACUGACGGCAAUGCCGGUGCAGGUGCAAAUAUGAGCCGCCACGCUACACUAAUACCUGCCACAACAGAGGUGCGCCAACGGGUGCUAUCCGCUCGCCGCCUUCGAAUGAAAACAUACCAGAACCAGUUGGCCGAUGCACAACAAACAAUUGCGGAUCUCGCUCAUGAAAACCGCAUACUGCGUACGUUACAUAAGCGUCAGGACUCCGCUUUGGCCAAAUACGAAUCUACUAAUGCUGAGUUGCCGAAAUUGCUGCACUCGCAUGCUGAGGAAUUGCGCGUCUGGCAGGCCAAGUAUCGCAACCUACAACAGAUCAACAAGGAGCUGGAGCAUAAACUAAAAGCAAAAGAAUCCAUCAUUCUCACGCUCAGCGAUCAAAACAAAUACUAUAGUCAAUUAAAUAAGGACAGAAAUCUGGAGGAGCGACAACGCUUGUCAGAGAAAUUAGAGAAACUGGAAACUCGUCUGCAGGAGAAGGAUAAUGACAUGAAACUACUGGCACGUCGAGUGCAAAUCGAAACGAAAAAUUUCAAGCAACAAAUAUUGGCAGAACAGAAGCGCACCAAGGAAGCCCUGCUUAAACUGGAAAAGGCACGAUUGGAGCUGUCGGGAUAUCGAAAAUUGGACGAAUUAGGUGAAAAGUUCCCCCCACUCACCAUAGGUCGACGUACAAUGAACCCAAUUGAGGAAUCAAAAUUGGAAAAAGAUUUGGAACGCAUCUUGGCUGAUGAAGUAUUAGAAGAAGAUUUCACCAAUACCAAAACGGUUAUAGAUGAGAAAUAUUUAGAAACGGACUUCGAUUCGGGCCAUCAUCGUUCGACGAAGUGUCGCAUUAAUUCAAAAACUGAAACACCUGUGGGCUUUGGUAGUCGUAAAACAGCUUCGUCUACUGUGGUAAUAGGAAAGCCGCGAAAGCAGCGACCAGAAGGCGGUGGAUUGAAGCCCGUCAUCAAACAGCACCAAUCACAACAGCGACACCAAAGAAAGCCACAACAAAAAGAAGAUGAGGCGCGUGAACGUCUUGCCGUAAUAACAGCUUACGAAGAUGAUUAUGGAAACGAACGUGACGAGUUCCAGGAAGUAAGCGCACGACACCAAAGCAAUCGUAGCGGGCACAAAUAUAUUAGCACUGGCGACGAUGACGAUGAAUUCGCUGACGAAAACGGAGAUGUGAAAAAAGAGGAGGAAAAUAGCGUAAACGAUGAUUCUAGCCGAAAAACAGAUGACGAGAUGGCAUCACACAGCACCUACAAUGCAGAGUAUUUAGAAGAGGAUGAACAAGAACUAGAGAGCUUGAAUGACGAGAACGGCGAUGAUGAUGAUGAACGAGAUGAUGCUUGCAAUACAGCCAAGAAAAUGUCACACAUGAAAGAAGAGAUCUCCAGUAUACGCAAACAAAUCUCCAAUGACUACAAGGAACGAGAGGCCUUCCUGGAUACGUUUUGCCGUCAAGCGAAUAGCGGCGUUCUACUAGAUGAGAAGUCAACAACACGAAGUAACAACUUGGGCCACAAUCUACCAAGCAGCCGUAAAAACAAAUUACUUGCUGCGCUCAAAGCCAUCGACGAUAAUAAAAGUCAGGACUGAACAGCUUGCGUACAUUU